AUGAAACCAGUAUCUGUAACGAAAGAAAAUGAAAAGUUAGCAUGGAAAAAUUUAUAUGGACGUAUUGAAAAUCCUAAGUCACCUCGUCUUAAGGUGGGGGAUAUUGAAUUACAGAAAGUGAAUGAUAGCGGGUAUUACCUUGUUGAAAAUGUUUUGAAAAAACGGAAGUUACCAUCUAGUAUAAAUCUCAAUGGAGAGUUCGAGGUAGGCAUUUCCGAAAUAAUUUACCCACAUUCGUGGCACAACAUAAACGAAAACAACAAUUUAUUUGGCUUCGACUUGGGGGAUGGGAAAACUAUUUCAAGACGCAUUCCUGCAGGUUAUUAUGAAACCAUUCCAGAUUUAAUUAAAGCUAUCAUGAUUCCCGAUCUAAGAGGUAAAGUUGAAUUCAAUUACAACAGUGUGACGAAGCGUGUAAGAGUAAAAACAUUAAAAAAUACUAAAAUAAUUUUGACAGAAGGAAUCAGUGAAAUUUUAGGAUUUGAACCGACAGAAAUUCAAGGCGUGGCUGAUAGUCCGUACGUAGCCGAUCCACAUGCGUCGUUUCCAGUUAUUUAUGUAUAUUCAGAUAUCGUAGAACCACAACUCGUAGGUGAUACUCAAGCACCUCUACUACUAAGAAUAGUGAAAGUUAAUGGAAAAGAUGGAGAAAUGGUAAGUGCUCAUUAUGAACGUCCGCAGUAUGUUCCCCGUGAUUCGCCAACAUUUUCAGACAGUGGAACAAAUGUUAGCGAUGGGGGUCCUAUCGAAUUUCACAUUUCUGGAGGGGAAGAUUAUUUAGAUCUAUCAGAAACUCACCUGUAUGUAAAAGCAAAAAUUCUCAACUCGGAUGGUUCACACCUGCAAAAAGAUGCCAAAGUUGGACCAGUUAAUUUAUUUCUCCACUCUUUAUUUUCUCAAAUCGAUGUGAAAUUAAAUGAAAGGCUGAUAACGUCUUCAGAUAAUACAUAUCCAUAUCGAGCACUUAUAGAAACGUUACUAAAUCAUGGUUAUGAUACUAAAGUAUCGCAAUUAACUUCGGAAUUAUUUUAUAAAGAUACACCAGGCCAUAUGAACAUUGAUGGAAAUGAAGGAUUUAAUAAACGAGCUGAAUGCAGACUGCAUCUGGAUUUAUUUCAUCAAGAACGCUUAUUACUGAAUUUAGUGGAUGUCAAAUUAAAACUUAUUCGCAGUAAACCAGAAUUUUGCUUAAUGGCGGAAAAUGGUGACUACAAAGUCGCACUUGAACACGUUUCACUUUUCGUGCGUAAAGUUCAUGUUAGUCCAGCUGUUUCACUAGGACAUGCUAAAGCUUUGGAAAAAGGUUCUGCAAAAUAUCCCAUUCAAAGAGUUCUAUGCAAAGUAUUUUCCAUUCCUCAAGGCAAUAUGUCUUUUGUUCAAGAUAAUGUAUUUGUGGGUCAGAUGCCCAAACGUAUCAUUGUGGCUUGUUUAGAUAACGAUGCCUUAAACGGAAAUUAUAAAAAAUCGCCUUUCGAAUUUAAGCAUUACCAUAUGAAUUUUAUAGGGGUUUACGUGGAUGGGCAGCCUUUACCUUAUAAUCCAGUUGAGCCUAAUUUUGAUCAGAACAAUUAUAUUAGAGCAUUCCAAAGUUUAUUUCUUGGAACUAACAGAGAAGACCGAGGAAUUGAUAUAUCCAGAGAAGAUUAUGCCAAAGGAUACACAUUAUUUGCAUUCGAUUUAAGUCCAGAUUUAUGUGAUGGAGAGCAUUUUAAUCUUAUUCGUCACAGCAGUUUAAGACUUGAAGUGAAAUUUGGUGUUGCUUUGGAACAGACAAUAUCAGUUCUCGUUUAUGCGGAGUUCGAAAGUGUUCUUGAAAUAAAUAAGUCAAGGACUGUUUUGUCAGACUUUUAAAUGUAUGCUUCGGUUAUUCAAAAAAUUUUAUCUCAGGACUCACAGGCAGCUCCUUUUUUCCAAGGUGUGUUUCCAGCUGAUCGCUUACCUAUUAUCCAUGCUACUCCAUCUUGUUUUGUUAUGAAUACAGAUCCUCAAGAUAAACCUGGGCAGCAUUGGGUUGCCUGGUUCAUCGAGAACAAAUCAACAGCCGAAUUCUUCGAUUCAUAUGGGAUGCCUCCAUCUGUUUAUGGUUUUCAAAUCAGUAAUGUGAAAUGGAAUAAUGUUCCUUUCCAGAGUGUUACUUCAAAUGUAUGUGGACAUUAUUGCAUCUAUUUUCUGCUUAAACGAUGUCAAGGACAAUCAAUGGAACGUAUUAUUUCUGAUUUAUCUCAAUGUAAAAACAAUGAUUUUAGACUAUUUCAA